AUGCCAGUCCGGCAUGUGGCGGCACCGCAACGCACCCCAAGUCGCACCGCCACCUUGGUGCAAAUUAGUCACGCCUUCCCGUCGCCCAAUCCGGCCCGAUCCGUCCCAUCCGGGCCGAUGGCCGUUAUUCUGGCGAUGCUUAUUGCAGCCGUCGUCGCGGGAAAGCCCGGUGAGGGUGGUGUGGAAGGCUCAUGUUCAAAUCUCACCCGGGAGAUCGUCAGGUUCGCUUUGCUGUCAGUGUAA